AUGCCGCCCUCGCUGUCGUCUACACCGCACUCCAUGCCCACAGUCCUGCAGGCAUGGAACACUCUUGAAAACCGCGAACUCGCCCGCUCCACCCUCUCAGCCUGCGCUCACAGGGCAUCCGCACCAGAGGACCUCUACUACUCGGUCGAAGAGUCGCGUGCCGCGGGGACCAAGAACCGCUACCGUGAUGUCCUGGCCUAUGACCGCACAAGCGUCCGUGUAGACGGUAACGGAUACCUCAACGCCAACGUCGUGGCCGAUACCAAGGGCCAGUGGUGGGUUGCCGCUCAGGCGCCACUGCCCAACACCUUCCACACCUUCUUCCGUGCGAUGCAGACCCGAGCUGCUACCAACUCGCCUGCAAUCCCUCGUUCAGCACCAGUCACCAAGCAGUCGCCACCAGGCAACGCACGGACAGCGAUCCUUGUGCAGCUCACCGGUUGGACUGAGAGGGGAAUGGCCAAGGCAGACCCUUAUGUUCCACGUGGCACCGGUCUACGCCACGCCGCCGUGUUUGGCAACAGGCGUGGGGAGUCGCUGAGGCUGUCCAUGACUCGCCAGACGGCUCUCUCGAACGCCUCCUCGACACACAGUGAGCUCCUUGUCCAGUCCAGGGACGGAGAUGACCUUGUCAUCAACCACUACUACUUUGACGCGUGGCCCGACCACGGCGUGCCCGAAGGUGCCAGUGUCGCCAAGCUUCUCGAGUUGCUCAAGGAGGUCGUUCGCGUCCGCGACGAGAAUGGCGGCCAGGACAACUGUGAGCUCUGGGUCCAUUGCUCGGCCGGUAUUGGCCGCACGGGAACUUUCAUCUCCCUCAUGUCUCUCCUCUACCCAGGCUCAGACGAGGUGAGGACGUUCGUCCCGCUCAAGCCCGUGAAGGAGAAUGACGAGGUUCUGCGUCUCGUCGAUGGACUGCGCGAUUACCGCAAAUCCAUGGUCCAGACCCCGGAACAGCUUCAGCUUGUUUACCAGGUCGUGGCAGAGGCCACGUCCAGGUGA